AUGAAGGUUAGCCGUAUAUGGUGUUUUUUUGCGUGGCAUAUGGUUGUGCAGGUCUCCGUCCUCAAAGAGACGGGCCGCAUUUUGGUCUCUGCGAUCCGACAGGAUCUCCAGCAUACCCAUGCUGCCCUUCUUAACGGUGUCGGUGAGCCUGCAGGCCCAGAAGAUGAGAAUUCGUGGCUGUGUCGGAUAUCUAGAGGCUUUGAAGCAUGUGGUAGCAGGAAGUAUUCGGAGAAUGAACGCACAGGGAUGUAUUGUCCGGAGGGAUUCUGCUGUAGCAAGACGGCAUGUUUUUACGGCUCGUGUGGGAGUUGGUGCCACGACAACUGGGCUUUGUGCAGCUCAAAUCUAAUCUACCACAUAGAGUACAGCUACGGGAAAUGCAAUUGUAAGCGAUUCCAAGAAAAAUGUGAUGUGAACGCCAGUUGUGUAGAUGCAAACAGAGACGAUGGAGGUGCGUAUUGCCAGUGCAACGACGGAUAUUGGGGUGAUGGUAAAUCGUGUAAGAUUGACUUUUGCAAAUAUAAGCCCUGCGGCGCAGGGACUUGUACCAGAACGGAUGAUGGAUACACGUGUGAGUGCCCAGAAACUCACAACCUCGUUGUCAUUGAAGACAAACAGACGUGCAAGGAGAAGCCAGACUUUUGCUUGGCAGAGCCUUGCGGACCACCGUUCAUGGUUGAGAAGUGCGUGAACCACGAUGAGGAGUACGAAUGUGUUUGCAAGCAAGGGUAUGCAGCCCGGAAUGGCAGGUGUGAGGAAAUAGAUCUGUGCGCGGAAUCACCAUGUGGCUCCGAAGAAGCCGUGCAUGAGUGCAUAACAGAGAAGGAGCCGAAAUUAAGGUAUAGAUGCACCUGCAAGGCAGGAUUUGAUUUGUCAACCCUGUCAGAUGGUAUUUCCCAAAAGUGCGUGAAGAACUGGUGUUACGACGAUCCCUGUGGACCCCGGGACCAAGUCGAAAGUUGCAAGUCAAAGGAAGACGGAUACUCUUGCUUGUGUGCGGAAGGUUCUGAGGUUCAAGAAACUCAUGGCAAGGAAAAGUGCGUCAGAUCUGACUUGUGCCGCAAUAACCCGUGUGGUUCAGAGGAGGCAGUGAAGCAAUGCUACUCUCAUGGCACGAGUUACGGGUGUUUGUGCAAUACGGGUUACACUGAAGUGCCUGUAGACGGAAAGAACAUGUGUCAGAGGGGAGACCCCUGCACUCUGCAGAUGUGUGGCAGUAGCGAGGCGGUUGACGAGUGCACAACUGAUGGUUCGUCAUAUGCGUGUACUUGCAAACCACGAUACACGAUUGCCGUUAAAAAUGGCAAGAAGUUGUGCAUCCCAGAAAAGGAGUGUAUUUCUCAGUGCGGCCCGCCAGAAGCAGUGAAAAGCUGCGAAAUCCUAGACUCUGGCGCAUAUCAUUGUAGCUGCAACCCAGGAUACGUUAUGAGAUACAGCGGGAGUGUAAAAGGAUGUGCCGCGGGAGAUCAGUGUUCUACUAAUCCUUGUGGGGCAGAGGACGCCGUGCGCAGUUGCAUUCCUGAUGGACAAGGCUAUGAUUGCGAGUGCAAUACGGGGUUCGUCAAAAGAGUGUUGCCUGAUGGGAAACCGAUCUGUGCCGAUCCAGCGAGCUGCGUGGGAAAUCCAUGCGGGAGCUCGGAUAUGGUGGAGGCUUGCGUCGCCGGGACUACUACUUACACCUGUAGAUGCAAAGAAGGAUACACAGUUCAGUUAAUCCGGGCAAACUCCCAAUGUUUUCCAGUGGGUGGGACUGACAAGCAAAAAGCGGAUGAGCAGGAAAGACAAGAGAGCACCGGUGGAUACUCGACUGCCGCUAUUGCAGGGGGAGUUGUGGGGGGUUUGGCCCUUCUCGGUAUUGUCGCCGCAGGAAUUUCUAACUCAAGGAACAGAGGAUAUGCAAACGAUGACGACUCGCAACUACCCCCGCAUCUCGCACGACCAGGAAUGCGCCCAUCGUUGGAAGCAAUGGACGAUCGCGCAUGGGCAUCUUCUCCAAGUCUGGUUCCGCCUCCGGGUGCGCGGCCACCAUCAAACAGUAUCUGGGGCUAA